AAAAUAAACUCUUUGAAAAUAUAUAAAUACAAGAAAUAUGUUUGAAACGGUUGUUAUCUCUAGUCCUAAAUGCGAACAAAUUUGUGUAUGUAUCAUGUGUUAUGAGUGCCUAUAGUUCUGUAUUAUUCUAUAUCUCUGCGUAUCGUGCCUAUCAUGCUUAUCACUUGUAACAGUGGAGAAUACGUAAUUGCACAUCUUAUUUCAAACGAAAACGCAAAUCAACAGAACAUUGGCCAUAUCAGACUAAGAAAGGUCUGGGACAGCCGAUAAAACGAAGAAAAGAAAACAGAUCAACAGGGACAUUGUUGGAUGUACGAUAAUCACAGUCUGUCAGUUUGAUACAGUUUUCAUAUAAGUUUAUCCAAGUUUUCUCCCGAAGUCAUGGAUUGUCGUUCCCCAAAGUUCAAGGCGAGCGACGAAAUUCAAGUCUGGUUAACAAGCUUGGAGGCGUAUAUUAAUGAACCAGCAGUAAACAAAUGUGUUCGACAAAUAUCUUAUUUAGCAACCACAAUAACAGAGGACAAUAAAAUUGCUUGGUUACUAAAGGCAAUAAGUUUCCUUGAUUUAACUAGUUUGAAUAACGAUGAUACAAAGAGCACCGUAGAACAAUUGUGUGAAAAUGCUGCAAACCCUAUAAAGAAGCUUCCAUUUCAAUGGAAUAAACCACUUCAUACUGCUGCUGUUUGUGUUUAUCCAUCCAAAAUAAAAGAUGCAAUAAAUUCCUUAAAGAAAUUGAAGAAAAUGCAUGUAAUUAAGGUCGCUAGUGUGGCAGCAGGAUUUCCUUCUGGACUAUUCCCAUUGGAGACUCGAUUGCAGGAAGUGAGCUACGCAAUAGAGUAUGGAGCAGAUGAAAUAGAUGUUGUGAUUGAUCGAUCGUUAGUUUUAAAUCAUCAAUGGAUGAUAUUGUUUCAAGAAUUGUUUUCUAUUUGUACACUUUUACCUAAGACUAAGGAAAGGACGGUAAAUUUAAAAGUUAUAAUAUCAUCAGGAGAAUUGUUUAAUUUGAAAGAUGUCUAUAAGGCAACCAUGGUAGCUCUAUUUGCCGGCGCUGAUUUCGUCAAGACAUCUACAGGGAAAGAUUCAGUUAAUGCGACUUUGCAAGCGGGAAUUGUUAUGUGUAGAGCGAUAAAAGAGUUUGAAAGACUGGCCGGAAGAAAGACUGGCUUUAAACCUGCCGGAGGAAUUAAGACUGCGCAAGACGCUUUAGAAUGGAUGGUCUUGGUUAAAGAAGAAUUGGGGAAUGAUUGGUUGACAAGCAAUCUUUUCAGAAUCGGUGCAUCAAGUUUAUUGCAAGAUAUUAGUACUGAAAUUAUCAAAACAUAUGAAAACAAGUCAAUUCAACGACCACUGGAAGAUUCUGAAAACGAAAUAUCUGAAAGAGAAAAUAAUGCUGAUGAAGAUAGUAAAGAUAACAACGAUGAAAAAGAUAAUAAAGAUAAAGGAGAUGAAGAAAAUAAUAAGAUAUAG